ACGAUCCCACACCUUACUCUACACCACUCGCUCGGACCCCGCUUCACCAACAAUCUAAUUGAUAAGACCUCGCCAUGCCGAUUUACGACCAACACCCCGUGUACCCGCACCAGGCGCAUCUGCGCUUUGCAUACGAGCCCUUUAAAUCUAUCUACGUGUGGUGGAGGCUGCUCACUACGCUCAUCGUCACGGGACUAUGGACUGUAUACUACACGUUUAUGCCCAGAAGGUUUAGGCCGAGGCCGUCCUGGAGUCUCCUGCAGAUCAUCAUCGUCAAAUUCUAUAGACGAAUAUUCAAGGUCACGGAGGUAGCUGGUGUUACAUGGGGCACUCGUGAUCCUCAGGCGGAGUGCGACAAUAGGACCCUUCGAGAAACACGAUUUGAAUGGGUUCCAGCCCUUCCCGAAGAGCUUCGCACCGGCGUCCUCGUAGACGAGAAAGUUUCAUUCCAGAAGGUCGGCACUUUCAUCUGGCCGAAAAGUGCUCCUUGCAUUGUUGGCGACAGUAGCUACCGGGACUCGGAGUCGAGCAACGGGAAGCAGAGCGCAGAAUCGGCGAACACCCAGGUGCAGAACAAACCAUCGGUUGCAGAUGUCGAUGCCGAGCAGACUGUCGGCGCGCCGAAAGUCAUUGGGGUGUUCAUGCAUGGCGGAGGUUACACGCAAAUGUCUGCCCACGAGAAGGCUGGGACUAGUCGUAUACCUCGCAGACUCGUUGAGGACAAGACCUUCACGGAGAUACACGCAGUCGAGUACCGCCUACUGCAACACGGACCGUGCCCGGCUGCUUUGCAAGAUGCUGCUGCUGUCUACUCGCAUCUAGUCCGCUUUCACCCUGGAUUGCGGGCAGUGAAAGGCGAAGACGGUGUUUGGCGAUAUCCUCACGACCCGCCUUCUGCGAAAUCCCAUCCGAGCAGGAAACACAACAUUCCCGGAAUGGAAACGGAUGACUCGGAUGAAUCGCCAUGGUCGUCGCCAGAAGGGACGCCCAUGACCGGCUAUAAGAUUCCAUCCGGAUUGGGUCACGAAAUUCCGAACGAAGGUCCCUCUACGACAACGGAAUACGCUAACGUGUCAGAGACUGGAGUGCCUUUACACAUCAAUGCCGAGGGACAGCCAGUCAGGUCACCUUUACCGAACACGAACUCCGUCAAUGGCGCCGGGGGAAAAGCGAUGCGUGAUGGAAAUUCCCCACAAGGAGGCCGACAGACCAAGAUCGUGCUUAUCGGCGACAGCGCAGGUGGCAAUUUGGUACUUGGUCUAGCGCGGUGGAUCCGUGACGAAGGCGUUCUCCCCAUGCCGGACGGCUUGCUGUUGCUCAGUCCAUCGUGUGACCCGUCCCACGCGUUCCCAUUGACUCCGUCGUCCUAUAUCCCUCGACCACAUGCAAGCACCGACUAUCUCGUUGACAACCCCGAACCACGCGCGCUGCUUCAGAAGACGUUCCUUGGUCACCACCCGCUCGAAACGAUCCAUUCACCUUACCUUUCACCUGCAUCCCCUCGCGUACUGCGCGCAUACGGACAUCCGGUCACGCAUGCGGGCACUAACGCAGACCAUCACUCGACUUAUCCACCUCCAUCUGGCUCCCAUUUGUCUCACGCUGAUGACACGGCGCGCGGUUCGCGACGACGUCACGACGGCGGUACCGCGGAAAUACCAGGCACCGACAAGAGUUUACAUCGCAACGGGGAACACAUCGGCGCAGGAGCCAUCGCUGCCGCUUCCGCUAGCGUCUUGGCUAUCGCUGAGCCCAACCCUGAACAUACCUUAGAUCUCACGCUCAUGCCAGAACCUGACCCAGAAGCUCCGCGCCGUUCACCCCGUGUCACUCACAAGUUGACCGAGCUCGACCGCUCCGUCCAGCGACCGGUACUGCAGAGCACACAGACGUUCCUGAAUCCGAAACCCAGGGACCCGGCACUGAGGACGAGUUUGUUUGGCGGUUUCUCGAAGAGCUUUGUCACGGUCGGAGACGCUGAGCGACUGGAGCGCGAGAUUGUCAUUUUGGUGAAUGCGAUGAAACGAGACGGAGUGGACGUCCAUGUGCAAUGGGCGAAGGACGCGGUUCACGACAUGCUCAUGCUACCUCUCUGGGACGAGCAGAUUCGAGAAGCUACUUGGCAAGCAAUCCAGAAGUGGAUCGCGGAGCUAUGAUCACGAUCGGCUUCAUCCAGUCGUUGCGGGCGGGGCAUAUCACAUUCGUACGGACGCAUUGCGAUAUAUGUCUUAUUUUCUUUUAGAGAGGACGAUGUUCUAAAGCUCGUACUCACUGAUGUACUUACUCGGAGCCAACACCUGAAAUCUACCUGGCGAACUUUCAAUCGGC